AUGCUUCUUGGAACAACUUUAACAUUUUUUUUUAACUAUUUUUUAACUAUUAUUCAGCUUUCAGAGACAAAUCAGACAACAGCAGAGUUCAUCCUCUUGGGACUUGCCAGCAACCGCUUUUCGGAGAUCAUCCUAUUUGCCAUUCUCUUUGUUGCCUUCCUCCUGAUCCUCCUUGGAAACAUCACUGUCAUUACCAUCACACUGGUGGACCAACGCCUCCACAUCCCCAUGUAUUUCUUUCUCAGGAAUUUCUCCGUUGUGGAGAUUUGCUUCACUUCUACCUUCAUGCCAAGAACUCUCUACAGCCUCCUCACAGGAGCAAAAACAAUUUCCCCCUCUGGAUGUUUCCUUCAGUUAUCCCUCUUCUUCAUGCUGGGUAUCUGCACUUUCUUCCAUGUAGCUCUCAUGUCCUUUGACCGCUACAUGGCCAUCUGCCGCCCUUUGCAUUAUGCUACCUUCAUGAGCAAUAGGUUUUGCCUCCAGCUGGUGCUGGGCUGCUGGGUAAUGAGUUUCUUCUUGAUGAUCUCCCCACUCACAGUUAUAACCCAGUUGCCAUUCUGCGGGCCUGGUGUCAUCAACCACUUCUACUGUGAUAUAGCACCACUGCUCCAGCUGUCCUGCGCAGACACAGGCGUCAUUGAGAAAGUAGUGCUAGUGACUGGUGUUCUGAUACUACCUGGUACCUUGUCAGUAACUGCUUUUUCCUAUGCAUACAUCAUCCACACGGUCACACACAUCCAGUCUUCAGCAAGCAGGAAAAAAGCCUUUUCCACAUGCUCCAGUCACCUCAUCGUGGUCACUAUUCUGUACAGCAGCUCCAUCUUCAGGUACAUCCGACCAAGGCAACGGGGCGGGAGGGAUUUUGACAAAGUUGUAUCUUUCCUUUACUGUGUGGUUACUCAGCUGUGUAACCCUUACAUCUACACCCUUCAAAAUCAACAAGUCAGACAGGCCUUGAACGAUCUAGUGGCAAGGUGUGUUGUAGGCUCUGAUGAUAUUCUGAAAUCCAGACAUACAAAGCAGUGAGUGCAUGUGAAUGACUUCCUAGCAGAGCCCCCAGUACCCUGGGGAGGUGAGGGAGAGGGGGAU